AUGUCGUUCGCUCCGCGACUUGUCCGCCGGCUUGUUGGGCCCCACAGACCUUCCUCGAGGCGACUCUUUCAUGCAACGUCAUUGCUUCAGCAUGGCGGCAGUCACGUCGCUGCCAACGGUCCGACAGUCCCAUUGAAAUUCCGCUUGAAAGACGGGUCAAUCAAGGUGGUCGACGCCGCGAUUGGCGCGUCCAUCUUGGACGUAGCUCACAAGUAUGACAUCGACCUCGAAGGCGCAUGUGAGUCGUCCCUGGCGUGUUCUACUUGUCAUGUCAUCAUCGAAGACGAUCUCUUCGACAAACUCCCUGAGCCUUGCGAAGAAGAAGAAGACAUGCUGGACUUGGCGUUUGGUCUCACUGCAACAUCGCGACUGGGCUGCCAAGUGAUGGUGUCAAAGGACAUGGAGAAUUCAGUGAUUACCCUCCCGUUGGCGACGCGCAACUUUUACGUUGACGGCCAUGUUCCGAAGCCGCAUUAG